CCUAAAAAAAUCAUAUUCUCUAAGAGCUGGUUUCGGUGACCAAAAACCCUGAGUUAGGGCUUUUCCCUCGCUCCGAUAUAUCUCUCUGUGCUUCAAAUCACAGUGUGUCUGAGGGCAUUCUUUGAGUUCGAGCUCCAAUCUGAUUAGCAAAGAGUGAUGGUGUCACCGAAGCACUUACUCACCUUAAUCGAGUCCUCCGUAUUGGGGCCCACUCCUCCUCCGCCAUCGCAGAAGGUGGAGUUGCUCCACGCCAUCCGCCACUCCCUCCCUUCUCUCCGCUCCCUCGUCUCCUACCCGCCUCCAAAGCCCUCAGACAGAGCUCAAGUACAGUCUAAAGAAGUGAGACUUCCGGAUUCUGGUCCAAUAUCACUUGAUGAUCAGGAUGUUCAGAUAGCGUUGAAAUUGAGCGAUGAUCUCCAUCUUAAUGAGAUAGAAUGCGUGCGAUUACUUAUUUCUGCUAAUCAGGAGUGGGGUUUAUUGGGGCGAGAUCCUUUAGAAAUUCUGCGCCUUGCUGCAGGACUUUGGUAUACUGAGAGAAGAGAUCUAAUAACAGCACUUUACAUGCUAUUAAGGGCUGUUGUCCUUGAUCAAGGACUUGAUGCCGAUCUUGUGACAGACCUACAGAGAUAUUUGGAGGAUCUUAUUAAUGCAGGAGUUAGACAGCGGUUGAUUACACUAAUAAAGGAACUGAAUCGAGAAGAACCAGCUGGCUUGGGUGGGCCAAACUGUGAACUCUAUAUUCUUGAUUCCAGAGGUGCUCUAGUGGAACGGAGAGCUGUGGUUUCUAGGGAAAGGCUCAUUCUUACUCAUUGCCUUAUCCUCUCUGUUUUGAUUGUACGGGCAAGCCCCAAAGAUAUAAAAGAUGUCUUUUCUGCUCUGAAAGACAGUGCAGUGGAACUUAAUUCAAACACUGAUACCUUAAAACAACAGAUAACACAUGGCCUCCUUUUUUCUAUUGUGGUUGCUUUAGUAUCAGAUGCAUUGAGUGCAGUUCCUGAUAAAGCAUCUAUCUUGACUAGAGAUGCUUCUUUUCGGCAUGAAUUUCAGGAAUCUGUAAUGGUCACUGUGGAAGAUCCUGUUGUUAAAGGCUAUGUUAGUUGCGUAAGGCAUGCUUGGCUUGUACAUUUAAUGUUAAUCCAUGAUGGAGUUGAUGCUCAAGAGCCUAUUGUCUCGUCACAUGACCUGCGACACAUUAACACAUGCUUAGAAGUCAUAUUCUCUGACAAUGUUUUCCAGUUUUGGAUGAAGAACAUUCUUCAAAUUCCUGCUUAUCUGAAUGACGAUGAGGAUAUGGUUUAUAUGUAUAAUGCUUAUUUGCACAAGAUGAUGACCUGCUUUCUGUCUAAUCCUCUUGCCCGAGAUAAGGUCAAAGAAGUAAAAGACAAGGCUAUGACUGAACUUAGUCCAUAUCGCAUGGCCAGUUCUCAUGACCAUAUGGUAGAUAGAAGCAUGCAUGCUCAGAAGACUGAACCAGCACCUCAAGCUUUUAUCUCUCUUUUAGAGUUUGUUAGUGAAAUUUAUCAGAGGGAACCUGAGCUGCUGUCUGGCAAUGAUGUCUUGUGGACUUUUGUCUACUUUGCUGGUGAGGACCACACUAAUUUUCAUACACUUGUUGCAUUUUUGAAGAUGCUGAGUACCUUGGCUUCUAGUACUGAGGGUUCAUCCAAAGUUUUUGAGUUACUUCAAGGCAAGACAUUCCGUUCUAUAGGGUGGAAUACUCUAUUCAGUUGCUUAUCAAUUUAUGAAGAGAAGUUUAAACAAGCCAUCCAGAGUCCUGGUGCAAUGUUACCUGAGAUAGAAGAAGGAGAUGCCAAGGCUCUUGUUGCAUACUUGAAUGUUCUACAAAAGGUUGUUGAAAAUGCAAAUCCCAUUGAACGAAAGAAUUGGUUUUCUGAUAUUGAGCCAUUAUUCAAACUACUUGGAUAUGAAAAUGUGCCUCCUUAUCUUAAGGGUGCCUUGCGAAAUACAAUUGCUAGUUUCAUUAACAUUUCUCCUGUUAUGAAAGAUACGAUUUGGAGAUAUUUAGAGCAGUAUGAUUUACCAGUAGUUGUUGGACAUCUUGCUGGGAGUACUGGACAACCAAUGGCAACACAGGUUUAUGAUAUGCGAUUUGAGCUGAACGAAAUAGAAGCAAGAAGGGAACAAUACCCUUCGACUAUUUCAUUCAUUAAUUUGUUAAAUACUCUCAUUGCUGAGGAGAAGGAUGUUACUGAUAGAGGCCGCAGAUUCAUUGGCAUUUUUAAAUUCAUUUAUGAUCAGGUGUUUGGGCCAUUUCCCCAGAGAGCCUAUGCAGAUCCUUCUGAGAAAUGGCAGCUGGUCAUUGCUUGCCUCAAUCAUUUCCGGAUGAUGCUCAGCAUGUAUGACAUCAGGGAUGAAGAUAUUGACAGUAUUGCUGAUGAUUCUCGUCUUUCUGAUGUGGGACAAUCCGCUCCCCUUCAAAUGCAGCUCCCAGUUAUUGAGCUGUUGAAAGAUUUUAUGAGUGGUAAGAGUGUUUUCCGGAAUGUUAUGAGUAUUCUUUCACCAGGAGUUAAUUUCCUUAUAAAUGAAAGAACAAGUCAAAGUCAUGGACAACUUCUUGAAAAGGCAGUCCUCCUCUCGCUGGAGAUUAUAGUUCUCAUUUUAGAGAAAGAUUUAAUUGUUUCUGAUUUCUGGCGUCCUGUAUACCAGCCCUUGGAUGUCAUUCUUUCUCAAGACCAUAAUCAAGUUCUGGCUUUGUUGGAGUAUGUCCGAUAUGAUAUGCAGCCUCGUAUUCAGCUAUGCUCUAUUAAAAUAAUGAGUGUCCUAAGUUCUCGCAUGGUUGGGCUUGUUCAGCUACUCUUGAAAUCCAAUGCUGCAGGGUGCUUGAUUGAGGAUUAUGCUGCUUGCUUAGAGUUACGCUCUGAAGAAUGCCAAUUUAUUGAGGAUAGCAGUGAAGAUCCCGGUAUACUCAUACUGCAACUUCUUAUUGAUAAUAUCAGCAGGCCUGUCCCUAAUAUCACACACUUGUUGCUCAAGUUUGAUCUUGAUAGCCCUAUUGAGAGGACCAUGCUUCAGCCAAAAUUUCAUUACAGUUGCUUGAAGGUCAUUCUUGAUCAACUGGAAAAGCUUUUCAAGCCAGAUGCCAAUGCUUUGCUUCACGAAUUUGGUUUUCAGCUUCUCUAUGAGUUGUGCAUAGAUCCGUUAACUUGUGGUCCUAUUAUGGAUUUGUUAAGCACUAAAAGAUAUCAGUUCUUCAUAAAGCAUGUGGAUACAAUUGGUGUUGCUCCACUUCCAAAAAGAAAUAAUAGCCAGGCACUUCGCAUCAGUUCCCUUCAUCAGAGAGCGUGGCUUUUGAAGCUGUUAGCUGUAGAAUUACAUGCUGCAGAUAUGUCUAGUUCUACACAUCGAGAAGCUUGUCAAAGUAUUAUAUCUGAACUAUUUGGACUGGGCAAUUCUGAUGAUUCCAUUGCUCCAGGCAGUCCUAAUAUUGCUGGAGCAAAAAUGAUUAGUAAGAACAAGGUGCUAGAAUUGCUUGAUGUUAUUCAAUUUAAGACUCCCGAUACUUCAUCAAAGUCUUCCCAGAUUGUUUCUAGUGUUAAGUAUGGGUUUCUGGCGGAGGAUAUACUUAGCAACCCUGCUACUACUGAGAAAGGUGGUUUGUAUUAUUACUCAGAGCGUGGAGACCGUUUGAUUGACAUGACUGCAUUUCGCGACAAACUUUGGCAGAAAUAUAAUUUGUAUAAUCCCCAGCUAAGUUCCUUUGGCACUGAUGCUGAACUUAAUGAAAUUCGAGAAACGGUACAACAAUUGUUGAGAUGGGGAUGGAAAUACAACAAAAAUCUUGAAGAACAAGCGGCUCAGCUUCAUGUGCUAACUGGCUGGUCUCAAGUUGUUGAGAUUUGUGCAUCUAGAAGAUUAUCCUCUCUUCAAAGUCGAACUGAAAUAUUGUUUCAGUUACUAGAUGCCUCACUCAAUGCUUCUGGUUCUCCCGACUGUUCACUGAAGAUGGCACUGAUUUUGACCCAGGUUGGUCUAACAUGCAUGGCGAAGCUUCGUGAUGUACGAUUUUUAUGCCCUGGUGGCUUACAAUCUGAGACUGUCACUUACCUUGACAUAAUAAUGACAAAGCAGCUAUCUAAUGGUGCAUGCCACUCUAUUUUGUUCAAACUUAUAAUGGCAAUUCUCAGACAAGAAUCAUCUGAAGCUUUGAGGAGGCGUCAAUACACAUUGCUUCUUAGCUAUUUCCAGUACUGUCAGCAUAUGCUUGAUCCUAGUAUACCUAACUCAGUGAUGCAGUUCUUUCCAAUGGAUGAGCAGGAUAAUGAAGAUUCCGAUCUUGAAAAGAUUGUCAAAGAUCAGGCUGAAUUAUCACAUGCAAACUUUUCUAUUUUGAGGAAGGAUGCUCAAGCAAUUCUUGAUUUGGUCAUAAAAGAUGCAACUCAUGGAAGUGAAUCUGGAAAAACAGUCUCUCUUUAUGUUUUGGAUGCACUUAUUUCUAUUGAUCACGAGAAGUUUUUCUUGAACCAACUUCAAAGCCGAGGCUUCCUCAGGUCUUGCCUUAUAAGCAUCACUAACUUUUCAUAUCAGGAUGGAUUUGCUUUGGAGUCAAUGCAGCGUGUCUGCACUCUUGAAGCAGAACUUGCUCUGUUGUUGAGAAUAAGCUAUAAAUACAGGAAAUCGGGGGCACAGGUUCUAUUUUCAAUGGAUGCAUUGGAGCAUAUUUCUUCAUGCAAAGCGCUAAAAAUGCAAAUUAAGGGAAGCCACCACCGCUUUGAGACUAAAUUUGGAAGAGAAUUGUCAGUUGAUGUUGACAAACAACGCAUGGUUAUUGCUCCAAUACUUAGAUUGGUGUUCUCUUUGACUUCAUUAGUUGACACAUCUGAAUUCUUUGAGGUUUCAAAUAAAGUUGUCCGAGGAGUUCUAGAAUUUAUUAGAGGGCAUGCAUUACUCUUUGAUCAGAUUCUUCGUGAGGAUCUUUCUGGUGCUGAUGAGUUGACAAUGGAACAAGUAAAUUUAGUGGUCAGCAUACUUACAAAGAUAUGGCCAUAUGAAGCAAGUGAUGAUUAUGGCUUUGUCCAAGGGCUGUUCACGAUGAUGCGUGUUAUUUUCUCACUUGAUCUAGAUUCUUUUAUUUCGAACAAAUCAAUGUGCUAUAUAGAGAAUCGUAGGAAGGCUGAAGUGAACACAUCAUGUCUCUGCUUUAGUCUGAGCUCUUAUCUAUAUUUUCUGGUCACAAAGAAGUCUCUACGGCUCCAGGUCUCUGAUGGUCCAAUGGACUAUCGUGCUUCUGCUGGACAACAACAGCCAACUUUGUCUUUGCUUGGAUUUCUUCUGAACUCUCUUACUACUGCUCUAGAAAAGGCUGCUGAGGAGAGAUAUCUUCUGUUUAACAAGAUUCAAGAUAUCAAUGAAUUAUCAAGACAAGAAGUUGACGAAAUUAUCAAUAUGUGCGCUCGCCAAGGUUCUGUUUCGUCAUCAGAAAAUAUGCAAAAAAGGAGAUAUAUUGCAAUGAUGGAGAUGUGUCGAAUUGUUGGAGACAGAAAUAAGCUUAUUACCAUAUUGCUUCUGGUUUCUGAAAAUGUCAUGAACAUUAUCCUGUUCCAUUUUCAAGACAGUUCUUAUGAAUGUAAUUCUAGUCAGUCUGUAAAAAGGCUCACAUAUGGUUCGAAGCCUGAUACUAACGAGGGGUUGAGCUUGUUUUGUGGGAAAUUAAUUUCCACCCUUGAAAGGCUUGGAUUGCUAAGCGAGGACAAAAUCGGACACGACCUAAAAGUGUUCCAAAGACUGGCAAGUUCUCUCAAGGAAACGGCGAUUCAGAAGUUAGCGUUGUGAUUUGAAAGUCCAGACAACUCACAACCCACAAGUCUGUUUUUCUCCCUUUUUUGUUUUGUAAUCGCUUACCAUCCUUAAACUAGGCCAAUUUCUUUCUUCCGUCAAUCGUCUUAGGUAAAUAUUUCAUGUGUAUUAUGCAUCUACUGCAAUCAAAUCAGGUACUAUGUAAAAACAAAAGGGGCAAAUUCAAAUUCAGUGUAGGUUUUCCAAAUUGUAUUUUAUAAGAAUCACAACAUGAUGACAUAGCUUUCCAGCAAUCAAGAUUUAUACCAAUACAUCUUGCCUUGUAAUU